AGAUGGCUUAGCCACUUGUGGGGAUAGGUUUGGCUGAGGCUCCCCCCACCCCUCCCCCCAUGAAAAUUGUUAUUUAGGGGGGGGUGUCUGAAAGUGCAUUUCUGUCCUUUUUGAGCGAUCAGUUUCAUUUUACCUACAUUUAACUUUUUUUUGUACCAUAAACUCUUCUUGUUUUUAUUGAAGAAAAGAUUUAUUACCGUCUUAAAAUGAUAUUGUUUUGUGUGAGUAGCUGGCACUUCCAUGGUCACUAGGUGGCAAUUUUACCAGUUGCUGGACCUUCUGGAGAAUCCUGGUUACCAUUCAAAUGAAACUUCUUUGGCCGAAACUUUUCGUACAUAUAGUAUAAUUUUUUUUUCCAGGGAUUUUGUUGUCAAAUUUUUUCUUUGGCAACCAUAAUUAUUAGGAAUCAAAGGGUUAACUGAAAUAAUUAUUAUUGAAGAUAAAGUGAAAUGUAAUGAAAUUAAUCACGGGUCUUAGAUAGUUUAAGACUUAAUAGCUGAGAUGUUUAAAUCUUGACAUCUUAGCUUAGGUUAGCUUCCAAGUAAGUCGGUUUCUGUCUUGGUUUAUGCUCAAUUUAAAUACCUGGAUUUUCAGAAUUUUCAGCAUGGAAUUAUAUGUUAUAGUUAUUUUUAUGCCUCCAGUGCUUCUUUGUAUGGCCUGCAGGUAUUCUAAACUGGAUCACAAUAUUCUCCCGUCCAGAGCCACAUUAGCAGAUUUAUAAGAUAGUUUUAACUCUUACAUCUGUGAAAAAUACUCCUGUCAUGUCACUGUUCAAAAUGUAAAAGUACCUCUACAUGGUAGAAGAUUUAAUCUUAGUGUGUUUACAAGUUUGGGUAUUCCUGGUAGGGACACACAGGGUUAGAUGUAAGGGCACUGGUUACUCUGUGGUCAAAGGUCUCUAAGCAGACACUUGUAAAUAGACAGUUUACAAUAGGCUAGUUUUCAAUUAUUAAAAUUUAUACUUGGCUAAGGGGAAUAAAACAAAAGAAUUGCAUGGAGAUUUAUGGAUGAAUAAUUCAUUUUUUUUGUUUUAUUCCCAUCAGCCAUGGAGUCAAGUAUGAAUUUUGAUGAUAAACUGGCCUCUUGCCUUGCUUGGCAAUCAUUAGCAUGCAGUGCACAGUCACUGGAACUCGAUGGGGUUAUAUGGUGCCUGAGUUACAGAAUUUUUCCAUGCAGUUUCUUCUCUCUUAUUCAGCACUUCUCAGUUUUCCUCUGUUUCAAACUAAGUUGAACUCUUCACUUACAAGAAUUCCUGUGGUAGUCAUAAGUUUUAUUUCCUUGCAAACAGUGUCUGCUUGCAGAAGCUUUGACUGUAUAUUUUUUACAUAAGAAUAAAUAUAUUUGAAGUAAUUACAAUUUAGUUCAAGUAAAAAUAUUCCUAACUUAAGGCAUCGUAAUGAAGACCAAGUGUCUCCAUAUUGUUCUGUCAAUGAAAGUUCACAAUAGGGCAGGGGGAACUCAAUUUUAAUUUUUGAGAAAUAUCAAUUUGUGUCAAUAUAGUGCUUGUUUAUUAAAAUCAAUCAUAAAUCUCUUAACCAAAAUUAGUAAUAAAAUUAUGUAAUUUAGAUUAUGCCAAAGUGUCUCAAUUGAACCAAUCUGGGACUCCAAAAUAUUGACUGUAAAACUGAAUAUACAAAGUAAGGCUUGCUGCAACUGUAGUUUAGUGUACAUUAUUUUAUAGGUAAUAAAUUUAAGCAAAUUAACUAUUAAAUUUAUCACUGUUUUGCAGGCUUCCAUCAAUGCACUUCCUUAAGAUUAUAUGAAUAUUAAUUAUUUAAUUAUAGCUAGUCAUAAAUUUGUGACCGAUGUAGACUGAUCGAUUGAUCGUGACA